AUGCACCUCCCCACCCUCGCCCUCACCGUCACCCUCCUUCUCUCUCCCGCCCUCUCCACCCCCCUCCUCAACUUCUCCGCCGCCAACGGCGACCCUCCUUCCACCCUAGGCAUCCUCAACCUCGAAGAAGCGCGCGACCAGGAGAUCUCCGCCAACACCAACGACCUGUACAUCAAGCUAGCCACCGACCCGCACGGCGUCCCGGCCCUGCACUACCACCGCAAACAGUCCUACAUCCGCGCCGAAUACCACGCCCUCGCCAACCAGAUUGAAGAAGACAAGACCUACUACAUCGGCUACAAGUUCUCGUUAGGCGUGAUCGAGCAGAGUUUGAUGAUCUUCCAAUUCAAAAGCUACGCCACCACCACUAACAGCGCAAACAUCCCGCUCUCCCUCGAGUUCAUGAGCGGACAGCUGCACCUGCAGUACCAAGCGGAUAGCGCGAGCGAGCGCGAGCCACAGUGGUCGCGCACCGUCGACACGGAUACGGUGUACUCGGUGGGGUUGGUGAUCCACACGGGGCAGCCGGGGUGGGUCGAAUUUUAUUUUCAGGGUGAGCAGCAGACGCUCGGGGCCGCGGGGGCAACGCGGUUGUCGGCGAAUACGUGGACGGGCCGCACGGAGCCGAAGUUCGGGGCGUAUCGUGGGGAGGCCGUGGCCGUGGAUACUUAUGUGUACCGGGUGCAGAUUGGUACGGAGAUGGGGGAUAUUGUGGAGGCGGCGGAGUUGGAUGCGGUGAGAAGCACUGCUACUGCGAGUGCGAGUGCGAGUGCUCCAGCUGCUACGGGGUCUUGCUCCUGGACGGGACAUUGUAAAGGCGCCUCCUGCGCGACGGAGGAUGAUUGCUCGGAUGAGCUGGUUUGUACUGGGGGGAAGUGUGCUGCGGCUUGA